AUGAUUCAUGGUCCAUGUGGAGCUGUUAACCCAAAAUCACCAUGCAUGAAAGACAAGAAAUGUGGCAAGUAUUUCCCAAAAAAAUUCAAUGAUAAUACCACAAUUGAUGAUGAUGGUUAUCCAACAUAUAGAAGAAAGAAUGAUGGAAGAACAAUUGAAGUUAAAGGUGUUCCUUUAGAUAAUCGUUAUGUUGUUCCAUAUAAUGCUACAUUAUUGUGCAUGUUUCAAGGACAUAUAAAUGUUGAGAAAUGCAAUCAAUCUACUUCAAUUAAAUACUUAUUUAAAUAUAUUAGCAAAGGCAAUGAUAGAGUUGUUGCUACUAUAUUUGAUAAGGACAACAAUCAAGAAGAAGUGAUUGAUGAAAUAAAACAAUAUUACAAUUGUAGGUAUAUCUCUGCAUGUGAAGCAUCAUGGCGCAUGUUUGGAUUUGAUGUCCACCAUCAUUUUCCUCCUGUUGAAAGAUUGAGUUUUCAUCUACCAAAUCAACAAUAUGUGAUUUAUUCUAAUACUGAUGAUGUUGCGGAGUUAUUAGAAAAACCAAGAAUUUGUGAAUCACAAUUCUUGGCUUGGAUGAAAAUCAAUAAAGAUGGCGGGUUGGCUUCAACUCUUACAUAUGCUGAAUUUCCUAAUUAUUACGUCUACCAAAAAGAUAAACGUCAAUGGAAACAGCGAGAAAGAGGUUUUGCUGUUGGUAGGAUCACACAUGUGUCACCAUCAUCUGGAGAAUUAUAUUAUCUUAGAUUGUUACUAACUACUGUAAGGGGUCCCACCUCAUUUGAUGAUAUCAAAACUGUUGAUGGUAUGGUUCAUGAUACUUUCAAAUCUGCAUGUUUUGCUCUGGGACUCUUACAAGAUGAUAAUGAAUACAUUACUGCAAUCAAGGAAGCAGCCAUAUGGGCAUCUGGAAUUCAAUUAAGGAGGCUCUUUGUAAGCAUGUUAUUAUGUUGUUCUUUACAACAACCUGACAUUGUAUGGAAGGAAACCUCAAAGCUACUCUCAGAAGAUCUAUUUUACAUAUCUUAUAAUGAUCCAGUCUCAUCAGAUAUCCAUAUCUCUCUAUCUGAAAAAGAGAAUGCUGCUUUGAAAGAGAUUGAUAAUCUACUUCAUGCAAAUGGGAAAAGUCUACAUGAAUUUCCUUCAUUACCGUUACCAACAGAAACUGCAACAGUUGAUCUACACAACCAUCUCAUACUGCAAGAAUUGAGUUAUGAUAGACAAGCCUUAUCAGAGGAAGCUAAUACACUUUCCCAGAGUUUGAAUGAUGAGCAACUACUCAUAUAUAAUAUCAUAUUGUCCGCAGUUAAUCUAUCUGACGGUGGGUUUUUCUUUGUGUAUGGGUAUGGUGGAACAGGCAAAACAUUUCUUUGGAAUGCAUUGAUAACAACAUUACGUGCAAAAGGUGAAAUUGUACUUCCAGUUGCAUCAAGUGGAAUAGCUGCAACAUUAUUACCAUCUGGCAGAACAGCACAUUCAAGGUUUGCAAUCCCCAUUCAAAUCACAGAGUCUUCUGUAUGUGGGAUAAAGCAAAACUCAGCACUAGCAAAUCUGAUUAAGUCCACAAAGUUAAUCAUUUGGGAUGAAGCACCGAUGGUUCAGAGGUAUUGUAUUGAAGCAUUUGAUAGAACGUUGAAGGAUAUUAUGCAUUCUAAUGCACCAUUUGGUGGUAAAUGCAUUGUCAUGGGUGGUGAUUUUCGUCAAAUUCUUCCAGUCAUACCAAAAGGUACAAGAGCUACAAUUGUUAAUGCUUCAAUUAAUUCCUCAUACUUAUGGAAUCAUUGUAGAAUUUUGAAGUUAACAAAGAACAUGCGACUGACUUCAACUGCUAUUCCCAGUCAUAAAGAAAAGUUAGAAUGGUUUUCAAAUUGGUUGCUACAUAUUGGUGAUGGAAAAUUAGGUGAAUCAAGUGAUGGUGUUGCAGAAGUUGAAAUCCCUAAAGAGUUGUUGCUCACAAAUUAUAACAACCCACUUCAUGCGAUUGUGGAUAGUAUAUACACAAAUCUCCUUCAUAAUUUAGCUUCUGGUGAAUACUUCAAUGAUAGAGCAAUCUUGGCCCCAACAAUUGAAAUGGUUGAUCGAAUAAAUCACUACGUCUGUUCUUUGUUACCAGGAGAAUCAUUUGAGUUCCUCAGCUGUGAUUAUGUGUGCAGAUCUGGUCAAGAAAGUGAUACAAUGGACAGCCUCUAUACCACAGAAUUCUUAAAUAGUAUUACAUGCUCUGGAAUGCCACCACACAAGUUACACUUGAAAGUAGGAGCACCAAUUAUGCUAUUGCGAAACAUAGAUCAAGCUUCAGGUCUGUGUAAUGGGACACGACUUCUAAUAUCUCAUCUGGGACAAAGCGUGAUUGAAGCCAUAACAUUGAAUGGGUCAAAACCCAACCAAAAAGUUCUAAUUCAUCGAAUGGAUAUGAAUCCUUCUGAAAGUCGUUGGCCGUUUAAAAUGCAAAGGAGGCAAUUCCCGAUAAUGUUAUCAUUUGCAAUGACAAUCAACAAAAGUCAAGGCCAAUCAUUAAGGCAUGUUGGUCUAUAUUUGCCUAAGCCUGUUUUCAGUCAUGGACAGCUAUAUGUUGCGUUAUCCAGAGUAAAGAGCAUGGAUGGUUUAAGGAUUGUUGUUGAUGAUAAAGAUGGUUGUUUGAAGAGAACUACAACAAAUGUUGUGUACAAAGAAAUAUUUACAAAUGUAAAUAGUACAAAUAUUUAG